AUGGCGAUCCCUCCUAAGUGGUACCAGUUCCUUGUAGGACUCUUUGCGUCCCUGGGUUCGCUGCUGUUUGGUUAUGAUUUGGGUGUUAUCGCCCAAGUCAUUGCUUCGCAGUCCUUCAACAGCGAGUUCAAACCUACCACAGCCGAAACCGGAGCAGUUGUGUCCGUCUUUACGGGCGGAGCCGUCUUCGGAGCUGCAUUCGCCGGUCCAUCGGGUGAUAAGCUGGGACGGAGAAAGACCAUCCUCAUCGGCGCUACAGUCUUCUGCCUUGGCGGUGCUCUCCAGACUGGCGCGAGGGGUUUGUCAUACCUCUAUGCUGGACGUGCCAUUGCCGGUAUUGGUGUUGGUAUGCUUUGCAUGAUCAUUCCUGUGUACCAGGGAGAGUUGGCCCAUCCAAGCAUUCGUGGUCGUGUCACUGCUCUCCAGCAGUUCAUGCUUGGCGUGGGAGCUUUGCUUGCCGCCUGGAUUUCUUAUGGAACAUACGUCGGUUUCGCACCUACCAACAGUGGCCAAUGGCGUACCCCUCUUGGUAUCCAGAUCAUUCCUGCUCUCGUCCUUGCAGCUCUUAUCCUUCUCUUCCCCGAAUCGCCCCGCUGGCUCAUCGACCAUGGAAGAGUUGACGAUGGACUCCGAACAUUGGCGAAGUUGCACGCUCAUGGCAAUGUGAACGACCCUUGGGUUCAGGCCGAGUUUCAGCAAAUUCAAGAGACCAUUGCCUACGAGCAUGAGCAUGAGGCCAAGUCGUAUGUUGAGCUCUUCAAGGACAGGUCCUGCUUCCGCCGAGUCUUCCUUGCUUGUGCGAUCCAGGCUUCCAUUCAGAUGACUGGUGUUUCUGCGAUCCAGUACUACUCAGUUUCCAUUUACAAGAUGAUGGGUAUCGCCGGAGACGAGACCUUGAAGUACCAGGCCAUCUCUUCAGUCAUCGCUCUCAUUGCUCAGUUCCUCUGCAUCCUCUUCAUCGACAAGUUUGGACGUCGCUGGCCCCUGAUUCUCGGUAACCUUGGAAACAUGGUAACCUUUAUCAUUGCAACGAUCCUGCUAGCCAAAUUCCCACCUGGAUCUAGCAGCAACAAGGCUGCAUCAUGGGGAUUCAUUAUAAUUACCUGGGUGUACAACUUCAGCUUCAGUGCUACUUGCGGACCGCUGUCCUGGAUCAUUCCUGCGGAAAUCUUUGACACCAAGACGCGAUCAAAGGGUGUCUCGAUAGCGACUGUGAUAUCCUUCGUUUUCAACACCAUGAUCGGCCAAGUCACGGGACCGGCUAUGGAGGCGGUCGGAUGGCGAUACUACCUUCUGUUCGUCAUUGGCAAUUUCACCAAUGCGAUAUUCUUCUACUGUUUCCUUCCGGAGACUGCCAAGCGUCCUCUAGAGGAGAUGAACCAUCUCUUCAAGAAUGCGCCUCUCUUCGUUCCAGGCAUGGAUAAGCGCGAAUGGGCUCCUGGUGUCGAUUUGGAGCGUCGUGUUGAGCAGGUUGAGGCCAAGCAGGGAUCUGUCUCUCACCAUGAGGUUACUACCUAUUGAUGGUAGUUCCCAGUACGAUUUCUUCGUAUGGUUGGUGGUCAUUAGUGAUCUGGGGUUGCCUCAGGCAACGUGUAGUACAGCGGAAUACUAUU